GGGGGGGGGGGGGGGGGGCGUAGCACUUCUUCACUCCGCUGCCUAUCACCCCACGAUGAGGCCUUGGCCAACCGUCUUUCCUUGGCUAUCCGCACUGCCGCCGCACCCAAACCGAUUCCCAGGUUUGGACAAGCUUCCAGUUGAAACCACCGUCACUCGGUUGAAGGCAGCCCCUGCGUCUGUCCUUACUCGAAAAAGCACGUUACUAGGCAUCUUUCGUUCAUCUUACCAGUGCUGCCUCGUUUUGCGUUCUAUUAUCAGACCAAAGCUGCAUUUUCAAGCCAGAAAGGCCUGCCUUCCAAAAGGUUUUCGGUCAUUUGGUCGUCGGUCACUAAGGACCAUUCAUUUCUCCGCGACGAGGGGUACUUCACGCAUACCGGCUCUCCCGGGAUGAGUCGUUAAUAGUGACCCAUCAAGUCUGCAUGCAGCACUUGCGAUUUGGGAUCACACGACGAGUUUCCAAGGAAUGACGGUGGCGGCUGUGAGGUGUAAUAAGAGGGGCAGCCAGUGAGAUAUUCGAUACCAGACAAGCUUAGACCCGGCCGUCCUGACAGCGGCAUUUGCCAGAGGCACAACUGGGAGUGCCUUCAUCGACCACUUGCCUGCCUUGGCGCGGAGGUAGCCCAGUCCUCGGCUCCCGUGUCGCAAAGUAUUCGCGGACCCUGCACGACCUAACUAUGCCUCCUACUUGUCACGUCAAUACGUACGCACGGCAUACGAGAUGCCCGGCCGGCUCGACACGAUCUCGUUCCUGUCUUGAGGUCAGAGGCCAGACGGCGCUCAUCGUUCCAGAACGCACCACGAUGUGCAUUUGCGUCCCACGCCUGCGACUGCUGGCAACAACCAGUCAGUCUCGGACAUGUUUGGGUUGACCGCCUGCACACGGCGAGAGUGAGGUUGUCAGGGAGCUGCAGAAGAUCACUCACUGCCGAAUUCCAAUCUCAGUACCAUCUGCCAUCUGGGGCUAGCGAUUGCCGGCCGCGGGUCUAGGUGCGUCCCUCUGCACGCCACUUCAAGCCCAGUCAUUGCGUCUACAACUCUGGCACCAGGGAUGUGGCAUCUUCUACCCGGCAGCUUUCUCCGUAUAUUGUUGUCACCGGUACAGAGUACAGAAACACACUAUACCUGCCAGCAAAUGCCCCAUCCGCCGUGGGCUUUUUGCUUUGCCCUGCCUCCCCUCAGCCUCAUUAGGCCGCGUUUAGAAAAGGCGGAACAGGCGGGACAGAACUGGAGCAGACAACGUGGCUGGAUUGCCAUUGCUGGGCUUUUCUUCUCGAUUCAUACCACAUCUUGCAUCUUUCGAGGCAGAUAGGUGUUCGAGACGAUGCACGGGAUCCUAGCACGGAAAACGACCGACCGAUUCGGCUCCUUGUCCGACCAGAGCCCGGAUGAAAGUGCCCAGCCCGGACCAGAUUGCGGUCAUUGACGGAACGCCCGUGAGGGAGAUGGAGGCUGCUUGGUCCGGUAUGUUCCCCAAGAGGGCCGUUGUGUGCUGCAAAGGGCGACCGUUGGCCAAAGCUUACAUCGACCCAUUCCAAGAAGGCAUUGCACUAGUGUUUCGACCUUCUGGUGACAUCCCGAGAUCUGGCCAAUGCCCGAGGAGGUUUGUUCGGUUUGAGUUGCAGCAAAUCGUCCGCCCAUGGUGGGGGCUCGCCAGGUGCCCAUGAACCCAGUCCUGUCCUGCCCUGUCUUCUGCCGCCGGCAGGCAAUGGACGGGACGUUCCCUCGCCCGAUCAUCCAUCGGGUAUACGUACCUUGGCUGUAGGUGUACCUGUGCUGUCCAAACGAGAUCAAUAUCUGCGCAACCGUCCACUGGUCGAUUGAUCUACAUUAGUGCCGUAAGGGCAUAUGCUCUCGGUCCAAGACUCGAGGAAGGACCGGCUAGACGCCACAAAUACUGUAGUGUGAACACCACAUUUUUCGCGCCAAAUAUCCUUCCGUUUCCAACGACAAGACUGCCGCAUCCUGCAAGACUCAACAACUCUGUCCAAGCACCAAGGCCUAACCGUCCCUUUUUCUCACGCCCUGACGAACCUCGGCCAUGGGAUCCAUCGCGCCCAGUUCCCAAAGAUACCCCAAGGUCCCAGACCCCGUGCCGGGCUUUGGGGCAUCGGCCCAACAUGCCCUUACCACGGAGCCCGCUCCGGCGGAUCCGUACGUCUACCAAGUUGGAUUUGGGAAUAGAUUCUCUUCUGAAGCCAUUCCGGGGACUCUUCCUCGUUCUUGCAACGCCCCGCAGAAGGUCAAAUACAACCUCUAUUCGGAGCAGUUAAAUGGCUCGACAUUUGUUGCGCCCCGAACGAUUAUCCAGCAUGCAUGGUUUUACCGUAUUUUACCCUCCGUGGCUCAUGGAGAUCUCAAAAAGAUGCCGCGAAACACAGACAUCGAGUCACGGUUUUCUUCCGGGAACGAAAAUGUCGAGUUCGUUCCCGGUGCGCUCUGUUGGAGAGCGUUUCCAAUGCCGGAGGCCAUCGGCCCGAGUGUGGACUUUGUUCAGGGCCUCAAGACAAUAGUCGGACACGGAGACCCGACGAGCAAGGACGGGCUAGCCGUGCAUGUGUACACCGCAAACGCAUCGAUGAAGAACCGCGCUUUCUGCAGCAAUGACGGGGACAUGCUUUUCGUUCCUCAAGUUGGUAGGCUGGAUAUCCAAACCGAGUUCGGGAGAUUGAUGGUACGGCCUGGAGAGCUGGUGGUUGUUCAGGCUGGCAUCCGGUUCAAGGUCGACUUACCAGAUGGUCCAGUCCGGGGUUAUAUCCAAGAGGUGUUCGGCAGUCGAUACGAACUACCAGAGCUGGGACCACUUGGAAGCAACGGAAUGGCUCUACCGCGCGAUUUCGAGUUCCCCGUAGCCUCCUUCGACAUGGACAAGACGGAAUGGGAGAUCAUCUACAAGCUGGCCGGGAAACUAUGGUCAUGCAAGCAAAACCACACCCCGUUCGAUGUCGUUGCUUGGGACGGCAAUUACGUGCCCUUCAAGUACGCGGCCGAAAAGUUUGUCAACGCAGCCUUUGUCGACAAGGACCAAGCCGAUCCUAGUCUGUAUACUGUCCUGACGGUGAAAUCCAAAAUACCUGGUGUUCCUGCUACAGAUGUUAUGUUCUUCACGCCGAAGUGGUCCUCGGCGACGAACGCCUAUCGACCUCCUUACUACCACAGAAACAUGGCUACAGAAGUUGUGGGGGUAGUGUAUGGCGACUAUAAGGGCACAAGCCGCAACUUAGAGGCUGGUGGUCUUAGUUUCCAGUCAAGCUACUCACCCCAUGGAGAAACGCAUGAAGCAUUCGUUCAAGCGACGACCAGCGAACUCACGAGUCAACGUGUGGGAGAGGGAUUUCUCGGAUUCAUGUUCCAAAUCAGCACACAUUGCGCGGUAACACAAUAUGCUUUGGAGAGAAGCGGGGUAUUGGAAGUACCACCGGCAUCUCUAUGGGACUCGAUGCAAGGUCACUUUUUCGAGCACGUAGAGGAGGUCAACGAAGACCUGAGAAGGCGAGGGCUGCCACCCCUGGGAUCGGGACCGAGCCGUUGACACAGGACGAUGGCGCCGGUGCGUUUCCACCGUCCGCACGACAAAUUGACUCCAUUGCCAUCCUUUUCGAACUCGAAGAGUGUUACCUCAUUUAUCAGGUUCAGCGAGCGACGCGAAGCGAUGCAAAGCGACACGAAUGUACAAAUGGCUCGGGGAUUUCUACCAGAGGGAGGAAGGGUAAUCAAUGGCCUGGCCUGGCUCCAGUGGAGUUCGGGGAUGUUGGUCCUGCUUGGUUUUGGGGUUUGGUGUGGGUAAACAUUGCACGAAAUAGAAUAGUAGACUGGAUGAGCCUGAAUAAGAGAACCGAC